GGCGGCGAUAAGUUGAUUAAGUAGCGACAAGUCUCCCCUGCGGCCUCAAUUCUCCCCUGUUGCUCACUUUCCCCUCCCAUUACACCUUUCGUGGGGAUUUUGCAGACCGGCACAAUGGCUGUCGCAAGACCCAUCCGGAUGCUGGCUGCAUCAUGUAUCAUCCUUGUCCUCUUCCUCAUCUUCCAAAUGAACAAAACACCCGCCUUGAUCAGUAAGGGGUCGUCGUCGUCAUCAUCAACACCAUAUGAGGGCAUCACCUCCGAUCCUCUCAAAGAUCCAACUGGCGAGCCCGAGGGUAAAUUGUGGCGUGUGACCGACGGCGACUAUAGUCCCGGCAACUCGAAAUCUCCCCGUACCAACGCGGCCCUCAUCUCUCUUGUCCGAAAUGAAGAACUCCACGAAUUGAUCCCGACCAUUCGCGAUCUUGAGCGCACCUGGAAUAGCAAAUUCAAUUACCCCUGGAUCUUCUUCAAUGACCAGCCCUUCACGGAAGAAUUUAAGAAGCUGACGCAGGCGGAAACGAAGGCAAAAUGCUACUACGAGCAAGUGCCGAAGGAACACUGGGAGGUCCCUGAGUGGAUCGAUAUGGACCUAUUCCGCGAGUCCGCCGAAUUGUUGAAGGAGAAGGGUAUUCAGUACAGUGACAAGAUCUCGUAUCACCAGAUGUGCCGCUGGAACAGCGGCUUGUUCUACCAACACCCCGCCCUCCAGAAGUACCGGUACUACUGGCGUGUGGAACCUAAGGUCAAGUUCUUCUGCGAUGUUGACUACGAUGUCUUCCGCUACAUGGAGGAUCGGAACCUCACCUACGGCUUCACGAUCAACCUUUUCGAUGCUCCCGAGAGUAUUCCCUCACUCUGGCCCGAGACCAAGAAGUUCCUCGCUGCGAACCCGACCUACCUGAACAAGAACAAUAUGAUGAACUGGCUCACCGAUGAUCAACUCCGACCCGAGCACACGGAGGCUGCCAAUGGAUACUCGACCUGCCACUUCUGGUCCAACUUCGAAAUUGGUGAUAUGGAGUUCUUCAGAGGCGAGCAGUACUCUGCCUAUUUUGAGCACCUGGACCGGGCGGGCGGCUUCUACUACGAGCGCUGGGGUGAUGCUCCGGUGCAUUCUAUCGGCCUGGGUCUCUUCGCCGAUAAGAAUAAGGUUCAUUGGUUCCGAGACAUCGGUUACAACCACAUCCCCUAUUACAACUGCCCCACCUCCCCCAAGUGUUCCGGCUGCACUCCGGCCAAGUUCUACGCCGGUGAGCCCUGGCUGGCCAAGGAAGAUUGCCGACCCAGCUAUUUCAAGCAUGUCGGAACCCACUAAAAGAUACGGCGCGACAUGAUAUGACUUCGUUUACACUUAAUUAUCUGGUGCAGACGGAAGGUGCUCCUCUAUCUCAAUAUAUACGAACUUCGCGCAUGAGGUGCAAUGAGAUAAGAGACAGGCAUCUCUGAUCCUGCCACAUAUAACACUUCGUUUACGCACUCAAUCAAGGGUGUCUGUUCUCUGCACCAAGUAUUCUAUGCCGUUCGAGCAUUGCGGUCAAUUAUAUGUACAGGAUUUUAGUGCGCACG